AUGCCUUGGGAUCAUAUUGACGGUAUUUUGGAUCAAUGGGUUGGUCGCUGUGCACUUCGCCUCCUGUCCUGGAAAUUCUUCUGGAAAGCUGAGCUUCAAGCACCGACUGACAAACGUGAGCGAUGUUAUCCUCACUGGCAUCGUGCUGCUGGCCUCGACAAAUUUAUUUGGCGGGAUCACCUCCAACCUGCUGAUGUUCGCACCUUCCAGCCACCUACUGAGUCUUCAGGUUUUAAGUACCUCUACGUUCCCCGUUCUCAUCGCCUGGCUCGUCAGGAAACAAGAACCCGCCUUAGCUGUCUAGUUGGAAUUCUUGUCCACGACCAAUAUUACGACGUCGCCAUGGCCCAGUUUGUCAAGGCCGAAAUCAAACCCCUCGAAAACUUCGACCCUCUGGAUAUCAGUAUCCUGGCCGAUCCUGAAUCAAAGCCACGUCCACCGAAAAUCAGAAAGCCUUCGUGUUUGAUCUUUAUCGCACGCGCUGUGAAAAAGCCCGAACGUCAGGCUUGGCGUGCCUUUUGCGAUAAGCUGGCCCGUGGGGAUUUCUCGCGUGCAACUGCGACCAUAAAACGCAUCCGAAAUCGCCGCAACCAACAGGUGCGCUUUACCCACCCGUAUGGUCCUGCCCUUGGCGCUCAAGUCCUCCGCGACUAUAUGGCCAAUGUUUACUCUGAUCGCACCUACCGGCGGUGGCGUCGUGCCAUGGCAUCGGCAAAGCUGUCUGGUGGGAUGAACACCAACAAGCUGCCCAGCGAUUCCGAACUGCUGUCCGCCGCGCGAAAAGGCAAGCAUGGCGUGCUUUUUGUGAUGCUUUGGCUCGUGGGGAUUUUUCCCAAGCGAUGUCAAAGAUCAAGUCCAUUCGAAACCGUCGCCGUCAACAAGCCCAAUUCACGCACCUUGAUGGUCCAGCCGCUGGUGCAUAGCCACGGGUGA